AUGCUCAUUAUAGAUGCAGAAGAUCCAGUCAAGUCCAAGCAGGAUCUCAUCGGAGGCAGCAACCCUUCGCUUGCAUCAUCAUCUUUGCAGCAGCCUCCUCCAACAUUCGAGGAAAGUGUUGCAGACAACGUUCUGCAUUUACCCGAAAACGACAAUUUGAAUUUUGCGCACGAAGAUGAUGAGGAACCGCCAGCCUUUGCCCCAUAUGAUGCCCACUUCUUUACUUCCCGUUCUGGUGACAUCAUCUCUCAUGAUCCUCAUCUCAAUGAUGACGGCGAAGCCCUAUACCGUUUCUUGCUCUCACAGGCCUCAACGCCACCCACCAUCAUCUUGCGAUGUCAAGGGUCACAUAACGAGACUCACACGCGGAUGGUCCACUCCCAUCACAAUGGGCAUUCCAGGAUGAAGACGGAGCAGUAUACCGAACGCAUAACAGACUUCGACUUUUGCAUAGACGUCGGACAGCACAUUUUUGGAGAGCCAACUCACUGGUCAUAUGCUGAUUCCACCCCUGCAUACAGGGGGCGUAUGUAUCAAGAAGUGGGCAUCUCAGCGGAGAAACGGAAGUCACAGAAGUCGGAAAGAAAGGCAGCAAAGGCGUGGGACAUUGAGCGCACUCGCAGGGGGUUCCCUCCGUGGAUCGGUAGUGACUACGCAUGGAGAGAGGACCAGCCAUACGCCAUGCAAACGAACUACCGCAAGUACUUGAAAGAAUUUAAUUACCACAAGAUUGUUUAUGGUUGGAAUUUUGAGGCCAUAAGGGUUGCUGCUAUUUCCAUCGUCAAUUCUACCCACUAUCGGGGCGACUUGUCCGUCCAGUUCGAGACAUCCCAAAAUCUCGUAUCUGUUCGGUCACACAACCGCCUUUCCCGCGCUCUUUCAAACCGCUGGAUCAAGUUUUUACUCUUCCUUACCUUCAUAUACCCGUUUAUAUGGCUAUUCAAACGUUUCCACUCACGCGGUGGUGGGCGCUGGGACGUCUGCGGUGGCGCAUAUGCGCUGAAGCGCGUCGAACAAUGUGCAAAGCAAUUUGCUCCCGAUGUGCACGCGGAGAGUCCUUUCCGUGAUGUGUUUGACACCGUGGAUGCCACCGCCCAAGGAUCUUCCCUCGCUGACCCUCCGGGCCGACGGACGAAAGUGGUUGGCAUGCGAGAAGGAGAGUGGUUUAGGCAAUGGGAGGGAACCAUCAGAAGAGCAGUGCAAAACAGGCUGCAGGACAGACAACCCUUGACAAUGCCUGAUGAUCACCCUGCGCAUGAGGCGUUAGUGUUGGAUGGGUAUUGA